GUGAUUUGUACUUGCUUGUCACCACUUGACUUGGAAACGCCGUGUCUGUCCCUUUGACUUUCCAAGGCCCACAGUUACCAUUCAUUCCUUUAUACCGUAUCUAUAUCUUUAUACUAGUGUCUAGGCGUUUGCGGGGCCUUUAAAAGCUGAUACCUGAUGAACCCUCUCCGAGAUAUGUCACAUCCUCCGUCUCCCGCCCCGAACCAAUCAAACUUCACGCCGAUAGACAACUCCGCUAGUAUCAGCCGCCGACAGGAGACUCAGAACAGUCUGAGACAAGCCUCUGUAGCGCUAGAUGCUGCAUAUGACCGUGUCACACAACUCAGACAAAACAUCAACAAUUUACUCAAUCGGAUGCCACCGGAAUUCGCAGAAGGACCCUCGCCCGUACGCGACAGGACCACAGAGUCCAGUAUCGCACCCCAGCAUGCUGCCUUGGUCCUUACCGGGUCCGACACUCCAGAGUCCGACGUGGACUUCAACACACGCGUUCAGCGGUUGAGAACUAUUAUCAAUCCCUCGGCCAGGCAGCGCCUGGAAGAUUUUGAGAGCAUGUCAAGACGCAGGAGAGGCUCCACUUCAGAGCGUCCAUUAGAAGUGUCAGGCCAUAGGUCCCAGUGGUGGGAUACACCUGCCGAUAUACCCUCUCGGAUACUCCCCGCCUCACCCCCAACCCAUUUUCAAAGCAGUCUGGAAGAGCGUUCUGUCUUCCGCAGUGAGCUUGGGAUCAUAAAUCCCGAUGAUCCCAACACUAUGAUCGGGCGACAAGUUGCGGCACGUACUGCCUUGGACCGCCAGAGCACCACUGCCCCCCCGCUUGAACAACGACUCCAAAAUCAGUCUUCUGUUAUUGCGCGGGAUCUAGCGAGUUUGACUAGCCGCCUUAUCAGGCGGGGCGCUCGUCGCUUGGAAGCUGCUCGGCAAGCGGAGUCUGAGCAACCAAGCAAUAGAUCCAGUUUACAGGGACAAGAGGUAGUUCCGGUUCCUUCGGAGACUGAGAUGGACUGGGAACCCACCAUACCACAAUCAAAUAAUGAUCCACUCUUGACUCUAGUACUUGAUGUUGCGGCUGUGCCCGACUCAUCCAUGCGUCCUUCUCAGCCAUCGAGUGGUGCGAGUAGGCGGUGGACUAGUGACAACGCCGACCGAACACUACUUAUAGAUGAGCGGGGCCAAGGCCCCCCUAGCGUGUCGGAGAGACCACUACCUCAUUUUAUGAACGCUAGGUCGUGGCCUAGCGAAGUAACUGCGAAUGGUGCAGGCGAGGCUUCGACGUCUUCAAGCUCUGUCAGACGUCGCAGGAGAUGGGCGCGUCUUCUCAAUGCGGAUGGGGAUGAGGUUAUUUCGGAUGACGAAGAUGGAGUCGAGCGUAAUCGCCGCUCGCAGCUGCGUUUGAUGUAUGCGCUACCAGAUGCCACUGUUUCAUCUACAUCACCUAGAUCCGAGGAUGACUCCUUCCUCCCAUACACCUCCGCCUCCAUCAUGCACCCCCUGGACGAUGAUCCAGCAGAGGCUAUACGCGUGCGUCUCAACUCCCACCAGCAAUCCAAAGAAGAUCUUUUUUCCCAUAGUAUCUCUUCACAUACUUACUCACAACAUGUUGACCCUUUGCCGACGCCUCUUUCAGAGAUGCUUCGUCAUCCAACUGUUCCCGCACAGGUUCCGCGGUAUAUUCCAGUGUCUAAACAUGCGAGUCUUGCGGGACGGUGACAUUUUUUUACCACUCUACCCUUCAUUUUUAGUCAUAUCUUGAUGCUCUCUUUUUAUGACAACAUGCAUACAUAUCUUGGUCUGUCAUUACGAGUAUCAUCCUCAUAAUCCGAAACAAAUGGUGCGAUGAAA